CGGAAUCUGACAGUGUGACUCAUUUCUCGUGAUUCGGUCCUCGGAAUAUGUCAGUGUCACUCAUUAUCCUGUAUUUGUGUUCUCAGAACUGGACCUGUUACCGUGAUACGACCCGCAAGUUAUGUGACUGGUAUUACGAUCGUCCUUCAACUUCCUCACAAGCUGACCAAUACGCCGCGACCAGCCCACGACUAGCGGUGUCCUCCGAUGGGAACUAUCAAGGAGAAAACCAGACUGUCGCCCCCAACACCAUGUACUCUUAUAGCGACCAGUUCUGGAACGACCACUAUAGACAGCUGAAGACCGACCCCGGCCAAAGUAGUACAACGUUCACCUACUACAAGUCCUCAAAUCCUGUAAGCAGACCUAUUUCGUUGCCUGGAAAACAGACGUGGUGCUGCGGAAUGAGUACUCCCUUCCAGGUCGCCAUGGCGAAGCUAUAUCCCGGAUAUUGUACUGCUGUGGAAGUUGGUGACGUAAAACUUCCGUCUGACGAAGGAAGUUCUGUUGAUCCGUGCCACAUUCCACAGCAUGAAUCAAAUGAUGUAAUUGGCAGUUCUGUAGAUCCUCACUGGACCUUAGGUGACAAUAUCAGUGAUGUUGACUGAAUCGAGGGAUGUAGCUACAUGUAUGUAUACGACGGAGACUGCUUGGAAUGGAGCUGGUAACCUGCCCCUGGUCACAAGUAGGACGGAAUAGAAGGAACACGGUCGACAUUCUUACAAUCGGAAUGUCAAAGUAUGUUCUAGAAUGUCGUUGGAUCAUUAUUUACAGGAAAAAUAGUAUUCAAUAGAAAUCGAUUGAGAUCUGGGUCACACCAACCAACUUAAGCUUUGUGUUGUGGAACGUGAUGGUGCUAUUGUGAGCACACACAAAAAUGGCGCGUAUUUAGUUGUGGACAUUUAGAAAUGGAUGAUCAUCUUGGCUACAUGACAUAUACAGCUGUAAGUUCUAAAUAAUGGUAGUCAUACAAUGUAUAUACAGCAGUAUGUUCUAAACAAUGGUUGUCAUACAAUGUAUAUAUACAGCAGUAUGUUCUAAAUAAUGGUAGUCAUACAAUGUGUAUAUAUACAGCAGUAUGUUCUAAAUAAUGGUAGUCAUACAAUGUAUAUAUACAGCAGUAUGUUCUAAAUAAUGGUAGUCAUACAAUGUAUAACGUACAGACUCACGCUGAAGAAGUUUGACAGACCAGUUUUGUUUUCGGAUGUGUUGAAAUGGAAUGUCUGCUUGUAAGGGCACGUCAAAAAUGUGUUGAAUGGUAGCCUUCUUGAAAGUUAUACCUCGGUUAGGGGGUGUUGUUAUACAUGUAUACAUUUACAUUUUACAUUGAUAACUAAAUAUAGAAGAACAUUUGGACAUUACAUUUAUAAAUGAAGGCAAGACGUAUGUAAACACCUUGGGAGUCUAUGUUUGGGCCGAUGAUAAUGAUAAAUGAUGAUGAUGGUGGUGGUGGUGGUGGUGGUGAUGAUGAUGAUGAUGAUGAUGAUGAUGAUGAUGAUUUAAGGUCAAAUGUUGCAAAUAGCCAUCUUAUAAAAAAUAAGAAAUCUUGUGUACUAAAUAUUUUAUUGAUUAGUGGGUGAGUGUAUAUCUAUGUGAGCAUCUGUUGACCUUAUUUUUAUAUCUUAUGUCAUCAAAAAAUUAUCUUCAAUCAAUUCA